AUGACCGACCAGUCCAAGAUCAUUGAACAGCUUCAGGCACGCUUACAACUUUUGGAGGACAAGGAUGCCCUCGCCACGUUGCUCAAUCAGUAUUGCACCACCGCCGACGCGCAUGAUUGGAAAGGCUACGCCGAUACUUAUAUUGACGAAGGAGCCAUAAUGACCUUCGAGUCUUGGGGUGAUAUUGUUGGCAAGGACAAGAUCGCCAAAGCAGCGAGUGCGGAGCAAAUCUUCGAAGGUCUUCAGCACACCAUGACCAAUAUGCAAUUCCAGGUUGAUGGCGACAAGGCCAAGGGCACCGCAUAUCUCUGGUUCUGUGCAACACCCGAGAUAGCCAAACCUGAAAUCCACUAUGCAUUUGGCGGACCCUACAGCUUCGAUUUUAAACGGACCAGCAAGGGAUGGAAGAUCUCAUACAUGAGAUUGAAGAAGAUAUGGGCGCACGGCAAAGACACAAAAGGAGUCUUUGGCCCCACCUAG